AUGCUGAACACAUUAAGAGAGCUAAACGAUUACAGCAACUUUCUGCCGAAAAAAAUCAAGGAAAAUGUGAACAAGGAGAAGUACCAAAUAUUGUGCGAAAUAAGAAAAAUAGUUUCGCUUAAAAAAAACAACUCCUACAACGUGACGUUAGUGAUUAAGCUGUACAACUUGUAUGAAACCAUCAAUACGACGAAGCACAAAUCCUUUCACUUUUACAUUUUUAUGAUUAAGUAUUUGUGGUACUCCCUGCAAAAUAAGAAUAUAAGUCCAAACUUAAAGUCAUACAUCUGCCAGAGCAUUUCUGGGAUUCUAGAUAAUAUUAAAAGUCACAUUCUGGACGACUACUUUUUUGAAUAUGAUAGGAAACUCAUUUGUAAAGAUGAAGAGUCAAAUAGUUUUGUCUACCCAGAAGAUGUGGGUGGCACUUCGCAUGAUGAGGGAAACGGCAGUGAUGUGACGAGCAAUUCCUAUGAAGGAAUUAGUGACAACUACUACGAUGAAUAUAAGUACAUAAAUGGGGACCGAAGUGAUGUGGAUAGUACCACCAUAAAUGAGAACAAGCCACACAUGUCUGGAGAUCGAUACUACCUUUCUAUUAAUGGGAUUUUCGAAAGAGGACAAGAAAACAGCAGCUCAUUCUUUAACGAAGAAGUUAUAAUUAACGGGAAGGAUGAAAGCUUUCGCUUAUAUAUUCAAAAGUGCAUAUUUAACAUUAUUGAUUAUAAGUACCUGUUUAGCUUAUUUUAUGAUUAUCUGAGUAGCAAUUCAAGGAAGCAGGAUGAGUAUAGUCACAAUGCGUACAAGAAUUUCAUCACGUCUGUCAUCGACUUGUUGGAAAUGUUGAGGCCGUUCUGUUAUUACAACAUUGAUGUGCAUAACUUGCUGUUUGAUUUUUCGUUAAAUAAUAUGUUUUCCUGCAAAUAUGAGGAGUACGUGGACAUGAGGGCCGACUGCCUUGUGGGAUUUGCCAUCCGGGUUGGAAAAUGCGCCCUGGAUGGGGGUCACAACGGUGCCGCGGAUGGCACCCAUGAUGAUAAUUGCGUCAAUAAGGGGGAUGGCAAGGGGAAUGGCAGCCAGGACGACAAUCGGGACGGCAAGCGGGACGGCAACCAGGACGAUUGCUCCACUUCUGAAAUUAACUUCCAACUGAACCGACGAACCAACAGCGGAGUGGUCCUCGACGACAAUUACAAGAAGCACAAACCAGGGGUAGCGGCCAACGCGUUCAUCGGAAUGGCGGACGAACGGGAUCUGCAGCAUGUAGAUCUAGUGGCACACCCCAUUGAAAAAUUAGAAAUUUGUCCAAGAUACAACACGGUGUUUUUAAACUUUGUAAUGCUAAGCCAGCUGGGCUCAGAUGAUUUAUGUUUUAAGUUAAUAAAACACGAAAAGGCGCUCCAUCUGUACAGGAAGUUAAAACGGUACAACUGGCACAGUAUAAAUUAUGCUUUCGUCAGAAUUGUAUACAAAGGAUUAAAAUAUGCCUAUAUGUAUAACAUUAGUCUGGAAAAGCAAAUGAAGGAGAUAAUCAGACUGCUCUUUUUCUUGUUCCUAUAUUAUAUAAAAUUACCUUGUAAUGUUGUGUUAAGUUCCGCGAAAAAGUACAUUCCGGAUGAUUACAAUUUGCUGAUUAAUGAUGAUGACAGUGUCGUAAAAACCGUUUCGAAGACGUUCGUUUUUUUACUCAAUAGAAUGUAUCGAAAGGGGAGGGCAGCCGGGGGGAUGAGUGCGGAGGAAGUCAAGCAAAAGGAGGUGGAGACAAAGAUGAGGGAGAAAGAGUUACUGCAGGCUUCUCUCUCCCUUUUGAAUGACGAAAAUUUUAAUGUAAGCACCUUCGAUGAGGUGACUACUGGUGGUGAAGGCCCAGAAGGCGGCAGAGGAGGAAAAGGAAAUAAAAGAAGAAUAUCUUCCCUUUUUCAAGACCUGGACACACACGAAUUCAUUAACGUCAUUACGUGUCUGUUCAUGCCGCACAUACAUCCUUCUAGCGUGGGGAAGCACCUGGGGAAUAUCAACCUGUUCUUAAACACUUUCCUGUUCUGCUUCAUUAGGAAGCUGAAGAGGGAGAGUUUGUACUUGAAGCGUAUGGAAGUUCGCGGCAGGACCGGAGAUGGUGGGAGUCUAACGGGUGAUAGUCUAACGAGUGGUAGUCUAACCGGUGGUAGUCUAACCCGUCCAGGGGACCUCCGUGGUAAACCUCCCAUCAAUCUGUCUGGCGAAGCGGAUGAUUACGUCUCGAACUACUUCAUCUCGGAGGAAGACAAGAAGUUUGUCAUCGAAAAGUUCACACAGUUAGCCGUGCAGGGGAUGUUCCCCAAGAGCAACAAGGGAGUUAGCCUCUUCGAAAACAUCCUAAAGCACAUAUGCGUAGUGGACAUGAACUGCCUGGAUAUUUUCGUUAAGAAGAUGUUAGAAUGCCUCAUCAAUGUGAAUAUUUCAACCCAGAUAUGUAACUGUCUUUUGUCCCUAUGCCUAAUAUUACCGCUGCUGAUUAGGUAUAAAGCUAGCCACUUGAAAGACCUCCUCUCCGUUAUGAGCAUGGGCAUUGAUAUCUGCGAUGUGUAUAAAAGCUUCACCAUCUUCUCCUUCCUAAGCAUAUUAUUUUCCUACAUUUGCAUUGUCAAAAUUGACAAUGUAGGAGCAGGAAGUGGGGUGGAUUUGGAGAUUGCCGUCAGAGAGUACAAAAAAUUUAUGCACAUGGAAGGCAGUCAGGUGUACACUUUGUACUUCCUAAAUGAUGACCAGAUCGAGGAAGUUAUUAGAGAGCGCAAAGAACUAGUCGAUUAUUUAUGCUAUUGGAUCCAUGAAUUUUUUGAGAAAAUUCUGUACUUUAUAAAAUUUACAAAAAAUGAGAAAAGUAAAGCUAGCAAAAAGCUGAAUGAGGAAAAGGAAAUAACCACAGUGGGCAACGACAUUUACACCGGAUUGAAGACCACACUGAUUUCUCUCUUUAUUCAUUUAGAUCACGACAUUGUUUAUGAGCUCUGUCAGAAAUUUUUAAACAAUAUUGAACUGGAAAACGCCAAAUCCCUGUCUAUCAUUCCACUGGCUUUCGGGCUGGUAAAUAACAAAAGAGUAUACGACACGCUUUUUAACGCGUUUUAUAGGAAGCUCAUCACGAAGAGGAAGAAAAAGCGGCUAAUACCUGCGAUGGGAGCGUCCGAUGGAGGACACGUCGCGGAGCAAGAGGAGGAAUACUUCACCUACUCGAAAAAUGAGUACGCCAAUGACGACACGGUUAAGUGCUACCUGCAGUUUUUGUCAAACCUAAUGAGAAGGGCCAAAAAUGAAUACAUCAAUUUGGAGGAUAUUUACAACUUAAUCGAAAUAUACAUCGUUGAAGAUAACAAUGUUUCCUUUAAGUACAUUUGCAAAAUUAUGUAUAGAUUUCUGGACAUCCAAUUCUCUCUAUCGAUGAAGGAAUACUCGUGUUUUAAGAUUGAAGAAAAUAUUAGUGCACAAGAGAAGGUUCGUACUCUAGGCGGGUGGGGCAUCCCUUGGUACAUUCUAAACAAUACGAAAAAAGAGGCAGAACAGGCAGAGGAGUCAUCACAUAAAACGUGUGAACAGGGACAAGUGGUGCACACCACCUGCAAUGGUGAACAAGGGGCAGCUAAGGGGGACGGCGCCCAUGCGGGAUUCUCCGAAGGACCAGUAUUAAACGCGGAGGAACUCGUAAAAUGGAAAACCCCGUCAAAGGAAAAUGUAAAAGUGGGGAAGAAGUUCACUUACUUUCUGCUGGACUAUGUGCUCGAUCUGAUAAUCCAAUGUGAUGUCCCAGUGUCAACCCCCAAUUUGAUAAAAUACGUGGAGAAGAGAAAAUUAAAGGAAAGAAAAAUCCAUUGGAAAUUCCCCCUAACCCAUUCCAAUGUGAUCUCUAGAAUUUACAAAAUAAUUAAAUGCAUUGUUAAACCACUUAGUUGUUUAUAUCCAGAUGAGAGGUACAGAUAUAAUAACCUCUUACCCAAGUGCCACGUGGUGAAUACAAAGCUGUCUUUCUACCUGUACGUCUACAUGUGCGAAAUUGUCGUGACUUUAUCUUUACACGUUUUGAAGAUACCCGAGCAAAUUUUUAGCAUGUCCUUAUAUGGUAGGUACAACCCUAACGAUGAUAAACUGGAGCACAAAUAUUCCUUCAGCUCGGUAAAUAGUGAAAACAGUGUUAACGAUGUAAACGCGAAGCAGAUGUUGGUAGAGAAGAAUGAGUUGAAAAAAUUAAAAGAGGAAUUUUUCACAAAUAUUAUUAAUAAUAGGGAGAAGACUAUCAAAGCAGAUGCCAAGAUGCAGAGAAAAAUUAUCAAGUGCAUACACUUUCUACUUUUAAAAUGCAACGAGAGUGCCAACAUGACUAUGUACAAUGAAUAUAUUAACAGCAUGCUGUCUUUCACUUAUAAUAUGUACCCGUACAGCUACAACUAUGACAUCAUUAAGACUCAAUACGUUAAUAAUGUGUUCUCUCUGUACAAUGAAAGAUUGAAGCAAAGGAAGAAAAACUACUGCUUUAAGGGAUACCGUGAACAGCUGUGCAAUAUUUUAUUUUUCACCAACUUGUCCGUUUACUCUCAAGUCCGAUCGUAUGCUCAGAGCACCAUGAAGCUCGUUUUGCCCACUUUUAAAAUUAUCAAAAUUCCCUUUCUCAAAAUAUGCUCCUUUUAUCUGAAGAAUUACAUCAAGCUGUAUAUCUUGGUGAAGAGGGAGCGGCAGAAGGGGCCGGACACGGUGAGCAGCGAGGUAAGCGGCAACACACAUGGGGCGAUGAGUGGGGUUACAAAUGGGGGCACUAAUGGUGCGAUAAAUGGCCCGACGAAUGGCCCCAUGAACGACCCCACUAACGGCUCUGCGGAAAGCGGAAGCCUGAAGAAGCUCAGCAGCCUGAAGAGCCUAGGAGAGCUUAACAACCAUGACUAUUUCGAGAACAAGUGCAUCAGCUGCUUUAAUGGAAUCCUGAUAAAUAUAACGAGCAACUCGGGACUGAUAAAGAAGAUCAGCACCGACCUGCACCUGCUGAAGAAGUACAUCAAAAUUAUCCUAAACAUAUUAAGACUGGAAAUGCAGAAGGAUGAAAUAACCCUAAAGUGCAUGAAACUAGUGUAUGCAAUCAUUAACAGCAGAUUUAUAAAAAAUCGAGAGGCUAGUUCCGUAGGGGAGGAAAAAAAAAAGAAAAAGAGCCUGAACGGAUUAUUCUCAUUUCUAAAAGGAGAGAGCGCAAAAAAGAAUAACGUCUACGCGCAAAUCGUCAUUUUAGCUUUCCUCAUCUGCUACGAGAACUUUGUAAUUCUCAAUCACAGUGAAUUCUAUUUUAGCUACCUGCUAGAAAAUUUAAUCAUAAAAAAAAACGUGCAUGUGUAUAACCUAGCCUAUUACGGAUUUAUUAAGUUUUUAAAAUACUUCAACAUAAACGUUGAUAGAGGUAUCGUGCCUGCCCACAUAAUUGACGUGUUCAGGUGCGCAGAUGUGUACGACAAUUUUGUGGAGGUAUGCAUAUACAAAAAUUUGAAGAGUAAGAAAAAGAGCAAUAGCAUAAAUGCCAUCAUCGUGAACUUAUCGAAGAUACAAAAAUCUUUUAAGGGGUUUGCUCACAUUAGCGAGACACACGUGAAGGAUUUUUUCUACAACCAUGAGUUUUUCAAAUUUUUGGUGAAUCUCCAGAAUGGGUAUGAUGAGCAGAUGGGGGGAGAAGCUACCCCCGGAGUGGUGCACACAAAGGAUCCGUACAACCAGGUGAAGAAGCAGGAAGAGGAGGAAGGGGGCACCAUACCAGGGGAUGUGCACCGACUGGGUGAGGAAGAAGCGGCUGGAAAUAAAGGGGAUAGGUGCCUCCAUUUUAGCUUUUUCCAGAGGAUUAUCCACAAUUUGAAGGAACUGCAACAAGAUGCGCAUGCAGAUAAUGAAUACAAAUCUACCUUCAUUUCGCUAAUCUGCCCUUUGCUUUUUUCUCUGAGAAAGUUAAAAAGGAGGGAAGCGGCAGAUGCAAUUUUGGAAAGCAUCAUUUCAUUGCUGGAAAAAGAAAUAGCUGUUGUAAAUAUGGAUUUGUAUAGCAUAUGGAUGUAUUAUUUUCACCUCCUUUUUAUUAACAUAAAGAAGAAGGAUCUUGACAAAUACGAAAAGUUGUUUAAGUUUUGUUUGUGUUUCAAUUUUCAAGACACGUCUAAUUUAAUUUUUAAAAAGAAAACGCAGCUCUUAAGCAUUAUGCUUAUGUACAGUAUGCACAAGAACAUCCACCUCAUGGAUGACCAUCUAAUGGAGUUUCUAAAAUUGAUUGAUAAUGACAACAUAACGGUAAGGCAAGUGGUGGGGGAUCUGUUAGCCUACUUACUCUACGUACUUCACGACAAUAGGUAUUAUUCCCACUUGAAAUGUAUGUACCUUAGGAUAUUACUAUAUCUGUACAAAAGCGCCUGUGAGGUUAUUGAGUACCUGGAAGGGCAGGAGACGCUAUCCAAACAGUCUAAAUUUAUUUACAGGCUGGAGACCCUAGCUUAUAUUACCAUCACCAUUUUCUCGGUUAGAAGCAUGUACCUACUAAAUAAUGUGAGCAUUCCAUUUUUGAAGAUGUUUAUUUUGUCCUUCCAACUUGUGGACAAUUUUAUCAAUGGGAUUGUCAACAAGGCCGUCAACUGCUUCUUGUGCCCCUCGCUCUACUUGUUCGAGUUUGAAAAAAUCAGCUAUGCGGAGGGGGCGGGGGAACCAGGCGAUGCGUGUGUCACAAGUGCCACAUUUGCCACAUGUACCAAAGACCGUACCUACGAAAUAGCAACACCAGAACUAAUUGGUAGCUUCGAUUCACUACUCCAAGACAAGAUGGGAAAUUUAUUCAUAAAGAAUUUAAGCCACUUGCUAAGCAAAAACAACUGGAAGAUUCGCAAUUGCGUGUUACAAUUCUGCUUCUACUUCCAUGCGUACUAUUGCAUAUUUUUUUACAGCCGAACGGAAAACACCUUCCUCCUAAAUGUCUUCAUAUCUUUGCUAGUUGACAAUUAUAUUGAGAUUCAAAAUUUAUCGCGUGAUAUUCUCUCCUCUGUGCUUUGUUUCUACGACAGUCAGACUGUCCAGAGCAUUUCCCAAUACUUUUUAAGCGUGGCAAAUGAGAAAAGUACAUUACCAUCACCACAAAGGGGCAAUCUAGAAACGAGUAAUAGCAGCAGAAUGUUAGACAAUAAAAAAACUGUUGCCAUUUACGCCCUCAUCAGUGUUGUCAAUUCGUUUCCGAAUCACGUCCCCCACUGGCUCCCGAACAUUUUGGUAAGCGUAGCUAGGAUGUCAAAUAAUAAGGUGCAUUUCAUAAAGAAGGAGAUAGAGAAAUGCAUCCAGAACUUUCUGAGGACCCACAAGGACGAAUGGGAAUACAAGUACAAGUUGGUUUUCACGGAGGACCAGCUCAACAUCUUGGACAUGUACAAGGGCGGCCUUAAUUACUUCACCUGA